CCAAAACCCUAGACUCUCGCUCGUCCAACCCAGAGUCCCCUGUUUCUGUUUAACUUUGGGCUUCCUCUCAUUCCUUGCUUGUCUUCCUCUAAACCUUGAUAAAGAAAACAGGGGCGAGAUACAAUCUCCUAAUGGCGUCACAUUCACUGAAGAAGAACUAUAGGUGUGUUCCGUCGUUGCAGCAAUUCUAUAGUGGUGGCCCCUUCGCGGUCUCCUCAACUGGUUCAUUCAUCGCAUGCGCUUGCGGGGGGGACUCCAUUAAGAUCGUCGACUCGUCCAAUGCAUCGAUCAAAUCAACAAUCGACUGCGAUUCUGACACCAUUACGGCCUUGGCUCUUAGUCCUAAUGACAAGUUGCUCUUCUCUUCGGGACACAGCAGGCAAAUUAGAGUCUGGGAUUUGGAGACUUUGAAGUGUGUGCGGUCGUGGAAGGGCCAUGAUGGUCCUGUGAUGGGCAUGGCUUGUCAUGCAUCUGGAGGAUUGCUUGCAACUGCUGGAGCCGAUAGGAAAGUCCUUGUUUGGGAUGUUGAUGGUGGCUUCUGCACUCAUUUCUUCAAAGGUCAUAAAGGGGUUGUGUCUAGUAUCAUGUUCCAUCCUGAUCCAAGUAAAAUUCUUCUUUUCUCUGGAAGUGAUGAUGCGACUAUCAGAGUCUGGGAUCUUCUGUCUAAAAAAUGUCUUGCAACCUUAGAAAGGCACUUCUCAACCGUAACUGCUUUGGCAGUAUCUGAAGAUGGAUGGACCUUGCUCAGUGCUGGGAGAGACAAGGUUGUAAAUCUUUGGGACCUUCAUGACUAUGUCUUCAAGACGACAAUUCCUACAUAUGAGAUUAUUGAAGCUGUGUGCGUAAUUCAGUCUGCGACUCAUUUUGCCUCUGUUUUUGGUUUGUACAAUCAAAAGAGUAAGAAGAAAAGAAGUGGGUCACAACCAACUUAUUUUAUCACAGUUGGUGAGCGUGGAAUUGUGCGCAUAUGGAAGUCUGAAGGUGCAGUUUGCCUAUAUGAACAAAAGUCCUCGGAUGUAACUGUCAGUUCAGACAAUGAUGAGUCCAAGAGAGGCUUCACUGCUGCAGCUAUGUUGCCCUUGGAUCAGGGAUUGCUUUGCGUGACUGCUGAUCAGCAGUUUCUUUUUUAUUCCGCAGUGGAAGAUUCUGAAAAGGACUCAAAGAUAAUAUUAACCAAAAGGCUUGUUGGAUAUAAUGAGGAUAUAAUUGAUAUGAAGUUUCUUGGUGAGGAGGAGAAGUUUCUUGCUGUUGCUACAAAUCUAGAGCAGAUUCGAGUUUAUGAACUUGCAUCCAUGUCAUGUUCAUAUGUAUUAUCAGGUCACACUGAAACUGUUCUAAGCCUUGAUACAUCUGUAUCAAGUUCAGGAAGAGUACGUAUAGUAACAGGAAGUAGGGACAAUACUGUAAGGUUGUGGGAUUCAGAAAGCAGAUCUUGCAUUGGAAUUGGCAUAGGUCAUACAAAACCUGUUGAAGCUGUAGCCUUUUCAAAGAAGCUGCUAAAUUUCUUUGUUAGUGGGAGUGGGGAUCGUACCAUUAAGGUAUGGAGUCUUGAUGGUGUCUCUGAUGAUCUGGAGCAACCCAUUCAUUUGAAAACAAAAGCAACUGUAGCAGCGCAUGAUAAGGAUAUGACUUCUUUGGCAGUUGCACCAAAUGACAGUUUAGUUUGUAGUGGAUCUCUGACUGUAAAGAUAUGGGCUAUAUCUGAUGGUUCAUGUCUAAAAACCUUUGAAGGGCACACAUCAACUGUAUUAAGGGCAUCAUUUCUUACCCGUGGAACACAAUUUGUUUCCUCUGGUGCGGAUGGUUUGGUCAAGUUGUGGACAGUAAAAACAAAUGAGUGCAUUGCUACAUAUGACCAUCAUGAGGGCAAGGUUUGGGCCUUAGCCGUUGGGAAGAAAACUGAAAUGUUUGCUACUGGUGGUGAUGAUGCAGUGGUCAAUUUAUGGUAUGAUUCAACUGCUUCUGAUAAGGAGGAAGCAUUCCGGAAAGAGGAAAAAGGGGUCCUGAGAAGUCAAGAAUUGGACAAUGCUGUUUUAGAUGCUGAUUACAUCAAAGCCAUACGAAUAGCUUUUGAACUCCACAGGCCUCAUAAACUUUUUGAGCUAUUGGCUGGGCUUUGCAGGAAAGGAGAUGCUGAUGAUCAUAUAGUGAAUGCAUUCCAGGCUCUUGAGAAAGAAGAAUUUCGGCUACUUUUAGAAUAUGUUCGAGAAUGGAAUACAAAGCAAAAAUUGUGUCAUGUGGCACAGUUUGUGCUCUUCCGAAUUUUCAGUAUUCUGCCUCCGACAGAAAUUGUUCAGGUUUCGAUAAUUUAUUUUCUGGUUAUUAAAUAUUACAAUAAGAAUCUUUUUUUAGAGGGCAAAACAAAUACUAGUAAGGCACCAAGAGGAUGCAACCCAUUUUAGGAGGAGGAAUUUACAAUUGUCAGUCAAAUAUCAAAGAGGUCACCCAAGUCCUGUAGAGUAAAAAGAGGAUAACCUUUUAAGUGAAAGACACAGGAUAGAGAAUUGUUGGUCAUUGACUUUAAUGGUCUGCAAGGUGCUUCUACCCUUCUUUCCUUGCCUUAUCCAUGUUAGGCAAUGAUUUUAUAGUCCUUGAUAAACCAAGACAAUUAGCAGCUAUGCUCGCUAUUGCAUUUUGUUAUGGCAUAAAGUUGGACAUGGCUCAAGUGCUUGAGACAGCCUAUGCUUGAUGCUAGUAAGCAUGUAUGCCCAUUUGUCAGAUGCAUUUGUCUAUGUACCUGAAACUUAUGAUUGUUAGGGAGGAUAGAAAAUUUGGAAGAUGGAAGGGCGAGCAUUAAAGAGAAGUAUCAGGAGUAGGAUGUAUUUGACUCAUGAAAAUGUUAACUACUUAUUAUUUUCGAUAGAUAUAUGUAUGUAUUAAAAUAUCCUAGUAUCUAUAUGUAUAAAUAUGUAUUAUAUAUAUGAAUAUUACUAUGGAUGUGCUUUGAUACAUAUUUGUGUUUGUGUACCCACAAAUAUAAAAAAUUUCAUUAUUGAUUUCAUCUUAAAUUGAUGAAUAGGGGCAAAAACAUUAAAAAAAACAAAGAAGAAAAAAUCUCAAACUUCAGUGCCCUAAAAAAUUCUUCUAUUCCGCCUCCAAAUAGCCAAGAGAUCAGAUAGGAAUGAAAGAAACAAGCUUCUUUUCAGUUCUCUGUGUGAUUAUCACCUCAACUCUUCAGCUGCUCAAACACUAGUAACUACCCGGUUAAGGCACACAGUAAAUCUUGAAAUCCUGUGACUUAUUUCCUCUAGGCACUGGAGGAAGGGAUGGUCGAGGCAUUUAUUGUCCAUAAGGCACUAAGAGCAUGGCGAUGGCAUUGGGUUGUAAGACAACGACUUUUCCUAUUAAAUAUCUUUGUUUGCCUCUUGGGGCAAAAUUCAAAGAUAGGAAAACUUGAGAGCUUAUUUUGGAGUGUUUUGAAAAAAGGCUUGCGGGGUGGAAGAGAAAUUUUUUUUCCAAAGGGGGUAGACUUACUUUGAUUAAAAGUACGUUGACCAAUUUAUCGAUGUAUUACCUCUCCAUUUUAACCAUUCCGGCUAGCAUAGCAAAGAAACUUGAAAACAUUCAAUGCAGAUUUCUUUGGGGUGAGGUGGAGGGGAAUAGAAAAUAUCAUUUAAUAAGGUGGAAAGAGGUAAAGAAA